AUGAUGUCUGAAGCUCAAGCCCCCCCUGCAAAACGUGCUCGAACCCGUACCGACCUUGAAACGUCUGCUCCAAUAACGCGCUCAGAGAUAUGGCAUUCGGAUGGCAGUCUGGUUCUCCAAGCAGCAACAACGCAGUUUAGGGUCCAUUGGAGUGUCUUGUCGUCUCAUUCGUCCGUUUUCAAAGAUAUGCAUGGAAUCCCUCAGCCUGCUACCCCGGGACCUAUGGUGGAAAACUGCCCUCUCAUUCAACUCCAUGACGACCCACAGGAUGUCGAAAACGUCCUUCGUGUCCUCUACGAUCCAACCUUACUUCUGCUGCAAAAAGCGCCGCAGUUCACACUUGUUGCCUCAUUGGUUCGGAUGGGACGCAAAUACAAUUUUGUGAAUUUAUGGAAAGUGGGCGUGUCUCUGCUAGAAGCGGAAAUUCCAACCAGUCUCGCCCAAUUCGAUGCUCUACGCAGGAAUAAAUUGAAAACUGGCAUUGUCGAUUAUCCUGGGCUUUACAUGGAUAUUCUCACCCUAGUGCGAGAUAACCAGAUCUACACUCUCCAGCCUGGUGCGUACUACGUCGUCUUGAAGAAAUAUUCGAAGGAGGAACUGCUGGAUGGAAUUUCGCGGCCAGAUGGAAUAACUUCCCAGCUUUCACCCGCCGAUUUGCGACAGUGCCUCUUGUCCACCGAAAAAAUCCUCAAAGCACAGUUCCAGCCAGGAUAUGCGUUGUCCUUGCUCGCUGACAUACCGGCUCCCAUGAAUUUAAAUUGCACAAGCAACUGUUCAAGCAAGAAUUCAUGUACCGAGCUCAGGCUGAUGGAACUGAAGAGGUCUGCCUUGUCGCUGGUUCUCAUCCCUCCUGUAUUUUCAGAGCAGAUAAUCGCACAGACUUACCGCAGUUUCUGUCAGUAUUGUCGUGAUGAAAUCCUCCUCUUGAGGGCAAACGGCCGACAAAAGGGUUGGAAUGAUUUGCCAGGGUUCUUCGGUCUACCUCCUUGGGAUGAGUUGAAAAACGACAUAUAA